UUUUCCAACCAGAAUCAUCAAAUUUAUCGGGUUUUAAGAAGGUUAAAAUUAAAAUAAAAAGAGGAAAAUUGGGUGUAUGGUGGCCUUGAAGGCCUCAUGUGGCCGCUGUCAAGACUCCCGUAGGGUAUGUGCAUAUUCCUACAUUUUUGGAAUGUUUAAAUGUGGUCGGUGUUGUUUACACAGGUUUGUCAGACCACAGAAAAAGAGUUGGGUAAAUCCAUCGACGAUGUCUUCAUGGAUUUUGUCAGAACUCCUUCGGCAACAGCAUCAAUUGCACAAGUCCACCGUGCCAAGCUGAUUGAUGGGCGGGAUGUGGUUGUCAAAGUUCAACAUCCGGGCAUCAAGACAAUUAUCUUGGAGGACCUGAAGGAUGUAAAAUACAUUGUCGACUGGAUAGCUUGGCCAGACCCUGUAUAUAACUUCAAUCCUGUUUUAGACGAGUGGUGCAGAGAAGCUCCAAAAGAACUUGACUUCAAACUUGAAGAGGUCAAUUCCUCUGACCGACUUCAAUGCUUUCCUCGGUGUUUUAAUGCAGGAAAUUUCCUUGUUACCAAGGAGGCUCCCCACCGUCCAAUUUUGCUUGAUUUUGGGCUCACGAAGAAACUAUCAAACUCUGUGAAACAAGCACUUGCAAAAUUUUUCUUGGCUUGUGCAGAGCAAUAA